CAGGAGCCGCACACGUGGGAAAGCGGGGAAGAGGAAGAGAAAGGGGCCGGGCCGGGCCUGGCUUUCCGCCUGCUUCCUGGGGUCUCUCUCCGGGAUCAUGGGCAAAAGCAAGGCCCGGCGGCUCCGGCAGGCCCCCUACGGCCCCGCGGUGGGCAAGAUGGGCCCGGAGAAAGGCAAGGAGGAGGAGGAGGCAGAGGACGAGGAAGGCGGCUGCCCGGCCGAAGAGCUGCUGGAGAAACUGCAGCACCCCAGCGCUGACGUCCGGGAAUUUGCUUGCGCCAGCAUUUCCAAGCUCUUGCAGCAGAAACAGACAAUCCCGGCUUUUGUGCAGAGAGACGUGGUCCGGUGUUUGGGGCCCAUGCUGCUCGAUCCGAGCCUGGCGGUUCGAGAGACGGCGACGGGAGCACUUCGGAAUCUUAGUGUUUGUGGCGGGUUUGAAGUCUGUGAUGACAUGGUCACCAAAGACGUCAUGACACCUCUUGUGGCUUUGUUGAAAGAGUGUCGGGCAGGCCUUGAGGAAAGCAACGGCUCACUAAAGGAAGCCAAAGACUCCAACAAGAACUACAUUGAAGACAUUGCUUACGAGGCGGUGAACUUGCUCUGGAAUGUCUGCGAAUGCAACAGCACGGCAGUAUCUGUCUUCAACAAAGAAGGCUGCUUGUCUAUUUUGUUGCAAUAUCUGAAGAGGUUUCAUGCCAAUGUGGGCCUGGCCAUUGCGGCAGCAUCCUGUUUGCAAGCAGUGACGGAAGACAAUCCCGACCUCCUUGCAUCCUUUGACACUUCAGCGCAACAGAUCCUGGAAGCGGUCAUGGUAUCCUCUGACAAAACCAUGGAGCACAUUCUCUUACAGACGCUGGUGGCAGGUGUCACUUGGAAUAUAAAGAAUGCCCUUCCUUCUAGCAGCCAAGCAGGCUCCAUCAAUGCCAUCCUGAAGAUCUUCUCUGAAUGCCUAGCCAUAGACGCUGGGCAGACGCUUCUCCGGAUGAAGGAGGCGGAAACGGAGAGGUUAAAAAACUCCACCGAGUCAGAACCGGAGGGAAAUGUGGCGGAGGUGGCCGACGCAGCCCUUAAAGAAGACGAGGAGAUGGAGGAAGGGCCAAAAGAAGUAGCCAAAAGGCAAAACGAUGUUUCAGAUCUGCUUCCAUGCAACACACAGGAGGUGAAACAGGUAGCAGCUUUACUUCUGGCUCAGCAGACAGCCCUGGAAGUCAUUGUCAAUAUGUGCUGCAAUGAAGAUCCUUCCGACGAUGAGUGGGAAGAAUUAUCCAGCAGCGACGAGAGCGAUAAUUUCAUGGAGAACAGCUACGAAGAAGGGGAGAAGUUGCUGUCCCCCUUGUGCCUUUCGGCCGAGGUCCACACAGCCCUCAUGAACCACCUUGUGCCCAAGAAGAUACUCGAAAAAACGGCUUUCCCCAGCAGCGUUGCGGUUGAGAUCUGCACCCGUAGCCCGGCUUGGAAACCGCUGAUAAAAAAACUGAACAUGGUUCAAUACAGAGCUCUGACCUGCCUUCAUAGCAUCCUGUUAGUAUCCGAUGUGGAUUGUCUCGGAGGUGCAUCUGUGCUUCAGUCCCUCUCGCAGCACCUCUCCCAGUUAAUAUUUUCUCAACCAGAAUUUUCAAAAGAAGUGGAGUUUCUGGAAGCCGUCACCAGUGCUUUGCGGGCGCUCCUGCAAAUGCUGGCAUCGAACAAUAUUUCUCAGAGCAUGACUCCUGAGCAGCUGAUGACUUUGUGUGAGGCUGGCAUUCACAGUAGUAACGUCAGUGUCCGUGUGAACGUCGUGAGCAUUUUGGGAAUUGCUGGCAGCGUGCUGGCAAAAGUGGAAGACACGGCAGAAACACUAAAGAUGAUCGGGAAAUUCCUCCUUGAUGUUGCGACCAAGGAUCCGUCCCUCGUGGUUGUUGGAGAAGCUCUGGAUGCCCUUUUUGACGUUUUCGCCGACGGCAAAGAAGCUGAAAGGGCAGCGGAACAAAUAAGGCUGCUUCAUGUCCUUAGGGAAUUCCAGCCCGUUUUCAAAUCGCGGAUCAGGAAAGAAGGAAAAGGACAAUACAGCACCGAUCAGUUAUGCGUCCUUGACAAUGUGAAGCUGAAUUUAAGACGAUUCAUUGCUUAUCAGGAAACUUUGGAGAAGAAAAAAUAACUUUUUUGGUGUAGCAUAAAGAAUGUAAAGCUGUAUUUUUUUGGUAUUGUUUCUGAGAUAUUUUUGACCUGGAAUUAUCUAGCACCUUGCGGUGGCCGGUGGUUGGGUAUUCUGAUUGCUUUGGGUGAUGGAUUCAUUAUGGAUAAAAAGUGGGAUUGGAAAUGAAAAAGAAUUCAGUUUAACACCACUUUAACUGCUAUGAUGUAGUGCUAUGGAAUGAUGGGAGUUGUAGUUUGGUGAAGCACCGGCAUUCUUAGGCAGAGAAGGCUAAAGACGUCGUAAACCUACAUCUGUCAGGAUGGCAUCGCAUUGACUCAUAGCAGUUCAACUCAUGUCAGACUGCAUUAAUUUUUCAAUGUAGAUGUAAACAAAUGGCAGUGAACUAGCUCAGCCUUCCCAUUGAUGCCAACCAUGGCUGUAAAUUAACGACACUGUACUUGCGUUUAGCUUUAGAAACUAUUAUUAUCCUGAAUCAUAGACAUUAAAUGAACGCUCAUGGUAAUGAUUUAUAACAGGGAAGAAAGGGAAAGUAGAAUUUGGGUGGAAUUUAUUAUCACUGAAGGGCGAGCAGGAAUUGUGCCUUUUGGGUGCCGAAGUGUCGUUUUGAAAAAAAGAACAAAAUAAAAUAUUUUUAAUA